AUGCAGGAGGCCCGGGAAGAGGCGGACGAGGAAGAGGAGGACGAGGUCUUCGCGGCCCCCGGCGGGGAAGGCGCCGCCGCCGCUUCCCGCCCCUGCAGCGUGGAGGAGCUCUACGUGCUGCUGGACACGCUGGGCAGCGGGCACUUCGGGGUGGUGAAGCGGUGCCAGGAGCGCAGCACGCUCGCCUUCUACGCCGCCAAGUGCGUCAAGGUGCGCAAGCGCAGGGGCAGCCGCCUGGGCGUGGACCGCGAGCAGGUGGAGCGGGAGGUCUGCAUCCUGCAGCGGCUGGAGCACCCCGCCAUCAUGCGCCUCCACGACACCUUCGCCAGCAAGACCGAGAUGGUCCUCAUCCUCGAGCUCAUCCAGGGCGGGGAGCUCUUUGACUUCAUUGCGGAGAAGGAGGUCCUGACGGAGGCCGAAGCCAUCGAGUUCUUGCAGCAGAUCCUCCAGGGGGUGAGCUACAUGCACUCCUGCCACAUUGCGCACUUCGACCUGAAGCCGGAAAACGUCAUGCUGCUUGAGAAGGCCAUCCCCAGCCCCAGGAUCAAGAUCAUCGACUUCGGCUUGGCCCAGCAUCUGCGGGAAGGGGCCACCUUCAAGAGCCUGUGUGGGACCCCACAGUACGUGGCUCCAGAAGUGAUCAACUUUGAGGCGCUGAGCUGUGCGACAGACAUGUGGAGCAUUGGCGUGAUUACGUACAUCUUGCUGAGUGGCAUGUCUCCGUUCCAGGGGGAGACAGACUCCGAGACUCUCUCCAAUGUCGUUUCUGGCUCCUAUGAGUUUGAGGACAAGUAUUUUGGCCAAACCUCGGAGCUGGCAAAGGACUUCAUUCGACAGCUUCUGGUGAAGGAUCCCGGGAGCCGAAUGACAGCCGAAGAAUGCCUCAUCCACCCCUGGAUCAAGCCCCUCAACCGGAAGCAGGCCGUCAGCCGGAGCCGCUCCUCAAUUAACAUGAAGAACUUCCGCCGGUUCAACGCUCGGAGGAAGUGGAAGCUCUCCUACAACAUGGUGUCCGCGUGCCACCGGCUGUGCCGCAUGCAGCUCAUGUGCCGCCAGAAGAAGGAGGACGAGAGCCUGCGAGACUGCGAGAGCGACCAAGAAGACGACAGCCGGAGUCCGGCGGCUUUGCUGCGCAGGAGGAGAAGCAGCUGCUCUUGAGCCUGGCCCUGCCC